GGUGGUAAAGGCAGCGCACACUGGAAGGAGAGAAUCUGAUAUUGCCUCCAAUGGGAAUCCCCCUGCUAUUCCCCUCCCUGAGAGCCCUGGAUCUGAGAGUUCUGGGUAGAGCCUGCCCUGGCAGAGGGUUCUGCUCCCCGUGCUGGAGACUCUCCGCUCCUCAUGGCCCAGAAGGAAACCUUCUCCCCAAAUGAAGAAAAGCUAAGGGGAAAUCAAAGAGUUAGAGUCCCACCUCAACCAGUGCUUGACCUUGGGCAAGUCUGAACUUCUCUAAGCCUUUUUUCCCUCCUCUGUACAAUAAGAGGGACUGAAUUAGAUGAUCGCUGGGGUCCUUCAAAUAUUUGGAUUCUUUGAGGGAGGAGAACUGUGCCCAUUGCCUUCUGUGUACUCUCGGGCAUGACCUGUAGAAUUAACCUGUUGGCUCUGUUCUCUUCCCAUCCCAGUCAUCCCCAACUGACUCUGUUCCUGUUCAAAGUUGAGUGGUAUCAGAUAGGGCAGGCACCCAGGGAUCUGGGGGGUAGUGGAAACAAAAGGCAUAUCGUUCAGUCCCUGAGACCAAGGCAGCAGAGUUCUCUGCCAAAAGGAAUAGGAAGAUAAGAAUGGAAGACUGGAUUGGAGCAGGCCCCUUCAGGUAGAGAUUGGGAGGAAAACGAACAUUCCUCUUCUUUCCUUUCCACCUCUGUGACACCCCAUCAUUGCACAGCAUCCCUCUUUCUUGCACGUCUUCCCACCUGAUCCCAGGUAGCCUAAUGGACAUAUGCAGUCCAGGAGAAGGAAAUACCUUUGGUUGAUACUUUCAGCCUCCUGGCUCCUCCUUGUCCUCUUAGGGGCUCCUCGUCUCCGACAGCUUGCCAUCCCCCCGGGCCUGAGACCCAGGACGCUGACCAGCUGGCCCCGAUGGCUGGAUCAGGAGCUUCUACCAAAUUUUGUGGAGCCUGAGGAGCUGACCAAAGACCCCUGCCCACCCUCCUGUAGUACCCACCAGUGGCAGAGGCAGAGGCCUGGCUGCCUCAUGGAGACAUGCUUUGACACUUCCAGAUGCCAGAGCCAAGGCUUCAAGGUGUUUGUAUACCCUGUAGGGCUGACCCAGCCCAUCUCUGAAAUUCACCAUAAAGUCCUGGCUUCCAUCGAGGGAUCCGGCUACCACACGGCCAACCCUGAGGAGGCUUGUCUCUUUGUCCUCCCAGGGGAUGCCCUGAGCCCCCAGCUGCUACCACUGUGGAAUGGAGGGCAGAAUCAUCUCAUUUUCCAUCUCCACCCAGGCUCUUGGCCUGAUCUGGGCUUUGAUUCGGGGCAGGCCAUGUUGGCCAGAGCCAGUCCCAAACCGGAGACAUUAAGGCUUGGCUUUGAUGUUGCCCUCCCACUCUUUCCCCAGAGUUACCCACAGAGGGGUGGGAGUAGAGGCCAACUGGCCCAUCUUAUUCCCUCUCCUGGAGAGGACCUGCUGGCCUUUGAAGGCCAGGCAGACACGUGGGUCACUGGCUCUUCCAACCACCUGGACCAGAAUAAUAUUUUGAUCAUCAGUGAUCACCAUGGUGAGGCCAGCAAACAACACAGAGAUGGGCCGUGUAAACAGGACCACGACACUGAUCAGUCUGAGGAUCAGAAACGCCUGUACAACUCUACCUUCUGUUUCAUUCCCCCGAACUGCCACCUGGGCUCCUUCCACCUCCUCCAGGCCCUGAAGGCAGGAUGCAUCCCUGUGCUACUGAGCAGCGGCUGGGAGCUCCCCUUCUCUGAGGUCAUUGACUGGGGCACUGCGACCAUCAAGAUUGAUGAGAGGCACCUGCUCCAGAUCAAGCCAGCCCUCCAAGAGCUGCCCCCUGCCCGGGUCCUUGCCCUCCGCCAGCAGACCCAGUUUUUGUGGGAUGCCUACUUUUCUUCAGUGGAGAAGAUUGUCCACACCACCCUGGAGAUCAUCAGAGACCGGAUCUUUAGAGCAGCCGCCCGGCCCUGGCUGCUGUGGAAUGCCCCUCCUGGGGGGCUCCUGGCCCUCCCCACCUUCUCCACCCAGCUGGGAGACUUUCCCUUCUAUUAUCUGCAACGUGGUAUGUUUCCCCUGGGGAGAUUCCACUGCCAUGACUGGACUCCUGGAAGCCCUCCCUGCCCCUGUCACAGGCCUGUAAACAUUCCACAGAGGUCUUCUUCUCCAGAGAGACCGUCGUGCCCAGUUUCCCCUGACCCAGAGGCUUUCAUAAACACCCGAACCGAAGGGGCAAAGGGGGGGAAGGACGGAGGCUUAGGAGUCGGCGCGCUGGGGAGCAUGGUGUUGUGGGAAGAACACAGCAUUGGAGCCAGCUAUCCUGGGUUUGGAGACCAGCCUUGCCUCCUAACUGCCUAG